AUGUCUCAAUCAACUUCUGCGACUGCUAAAAAUACUUCGGCGUCAGGUGAAAGACCAAAGGUCAUAAAGACAUAUGGGAGAGCUCCAAGUCUUAAGUGUCACGAGAAUAGCCCUUCAAGAGCGCAAAACUCAAAGAUCGUGGAACUUCAAGAUGUAUCAAGUCUCCCUAAUAUUGAUGAAAGUCCUUUGCAACAUAAGCGAGAAAGUGUUUCACUUUUACCGAAAAAACGCGCUGCAAUUACUUGUUCAACUGACAACAUUCAAGACUGUUCGCUAGGAGAAGUCAAACAAAAAUCUAUUAAUGAUUUUUUCAAAUCAAAAACCGUCGUUAGGAUCGAAAAUUCAUCGGAUGAAGAAGAAGAUGAUGGUUCUGGAAAUAUUAUUAUUAAGAGACAACGAAAGCAAGCGUAUCCUUUGAUACCACGAUUCAAUUCAGAAAAUAACGCGAAAACUCACUCAUGUUCUACUUCACCGCCAAAGAAACGCGUCAAACAAGCGGAACAAAUGUUUCUCGAUUUCGGGCAAAAGAAUUUCGGUACUUACACAUGUCCGGAGUGUCAUAUGCCUUAUAGUCGAGGCACAGUCGAAGAUGAGGCAAUACAUGCAAAGUAUCAUAAGGCGGUUGUUAGAGGAAUUGCUUAUACGAGUUAUAAGCAUGAAAUUAUGUUAAAGCAAUUUCCAGAGGAUAAUAGUCGCAUAAUGAUGCUCGUAUACAGCCAAUCCAAUCCGUUUGAAAAGCGAAAG